AUGGCGGCAGGCAGCAGCUUCAUCACGCUGCCCGACGGCAUGCAGCUGGAGCUGCUGCACCUGCCGGCAGCGAGCGCUGCCGCCAGCCCCCGCCCACCGCUGCUCUUCAUUCACGGCUCCUUCCAUGGCGCGUGGUGCUGGCAGGAGCGCUGGAUGCCAUAUUUUGCGGCUGCGGGGUACGACUCCUAUGCAGUGAGCAUCCGGGGGCAGGGCGGCAGCGACAGGACGGGGGCCGACGGCAAGCAGCUCGCGGUCUCUGGCGAUCUGCAAUCCCUCACGGAUGACCUGGCGCACGUGGUGGCCGCGCUGCCCUCGCCCCCCAUCCUGGUGGCGCACUCAUUCGGGGCUUUGCUGGCAGAGAAGUACGCCACGGAGCUGGGCGGCGGCGGCAGCGGCUCGGCGCGACCGCCCCUCGCAGGCAUUGCGGUGGUGUGCGGAGUGCCACCAAGCGGCAACAAGACGAUCAUCCUGAGGGUGUGCAAGACAUCGCUGGUGCUUGCCUGGAGGAUCACCUGGGCGUUUGUGGGCAAGUCGUUUGCGCGUAGCCUGGAUGAGUGCCGCUUCGCGUUCUUUUCCGAGGACCUCCCCAGGGGGGACUUGAUCCGCUACCAGGCUCAGCUGGCGGCCUGCAGCCCUGUACGCCUUCUCGACCUGGCCUCGCUCAACAAGGUCCUGCCGUUGCCCCAGCUGCCGGCGGUGGCGCGGUCGGUGCCGGCAUUUGUAGCGGGCAGCCCGGACGAUAUAGUGGUGGACUGGCCCGCGGUGGAGGAGACGGCCAGCUGGUUUGGUGUGCAGCCUGUGAGGUGGGACUGCACGGCACACGACUGCAUGCUCGACACACGGUGGGAGGCGGCGGCAGCCUCGCUCUGCGCGUGGCUCGACACGGUGCAGACCAGGGCGUGA